AUGGAAGUGGACAUAGAGUCAACACUAGAAAAUAUGGAAACUGAAAACAUUCAGCUUUCCGAUGCAUUAAAUGAAAUUGAAUAUGAAAAUAUUCAGCUGAAAGACCAAGUCAUGCAACUAAAAAAGUCACUUGAUAAGGAAAAGAAACUUCAUAGAAAGUUUGCUGAUGAGGUGGUUGUAACUGAAGAAACUCGAAUCAGUGUCUUCAAAAUUGAAAAACGACUACUCGUCCAAGAAAAUCAAUCCCUGGUCAGAGAAAAUCGUCAGCUUGGUAAAGACGUGGAAUUUUACAAAAAGGCUCAUGAAGAAUUGACGAAGGAAUAUGAAUCGAAUUCUUCGUUCAUGAAAUCUCCAAGCAAACCUAUUGAGACUACCUCAACCAGUCGAUCGUUCGAGUUUCCAGAGAAGAAUACUGAAAGACGCACUAGAGAUUUAACGAAAAGCAACACGAAAUUAUUUGAAGAAAAUAAAACUCUGAAAAUGAAAAUCGCUGAUAUGAAAGCAGCUCUAGCAGUCCUAAAGAAAAAGAACAAACAGUGCGAGAAUAUUGUAAAAGAAAUCAACAAAAAGGCAACCAAAUUUAACGCAGAAUCCGAGCAAUUAGAGGAGUUGAUUGCCUCUACUCAAACCACAAAUCAGGAUUUGUAUAAUCCUGAGGCGCUGGCAAAGCUUGAUCUUAUGGGCAACAAUUAG